CCAGUCUGUUUCUGAGAGUCCGGCACAUCGCACACGCCACCGCAUGGACAUAAGCAACGCAAAAUGACUAAACAAACAGCACCGGAAUGGGUGAAUAAACAGCUUUUUAAUGGUUUGCUGGAACAGACCCACGACAAUUUCAAGGCAAUAAUUAAAUUCGCCACCAAAGCGGCCAUCAGUGAGGGGGAAAACUACCUAACGAUCGUGCUGCGUAUUCAAAUAGGAAUGCAACUGAAAGAUGAUAGCGAAAAGGAGGUCAGCUAUAUACUCAAGAUACCGCUAGUCAACGGGAGUGGGGAUGAUCAUGAGUUUCACGACUUGUUCGUUGCGGAGUUUCAGAUGUAUGAUCGUGUAAUACCGGAACUGGAGACACUCUAUGCGGCAAAUAGCUCACUCUCACCCAGCUUUAAGCCAUUGCAUUUAAAGUUCCCCGAAAUGACAACAAAAUGUGACUAUAUCCUCUUGGAAGAUCUGCGCAAGAGAGGCUACCAUAAUGCUGAGCGGACAGUGGGUCUGUCGCAGCUCGAAGUUGAGGCAGUGCUCAAGAAGUUGGCACAGUGGCAUGCAGCCUCUGCCAAGAGAGUCACCGAUUUGGGUGAAUACGAACAGGGCCUCAGGGAGAGCUACUUUACGCCCGACCACCUGAAGUUGAUUGAAGGAUUCAACAUGAGUUUCACUGUUCCUUUUCUGGAAUGCAUGCAGAAAUAUGGUCUGGAUCCGGGACAACUUCUCCUGAUAAGCGACUACACAUCCCGCCUGACAGAUCUAUACAUGGAGUUUGGGGCCAACGAUCCUCAAGAGCUGAAUGUGUUAAAUCAUGGGGAUUUUUGGUGCAACAAUUUCAUGUUCAAGUACAAAGAGUCUGGGGAGGUAGAGGAUGUCUGCUUCCUGGACUUUCAGCUGCCAAAAUACGGCACACCCGCACAGGACCUGUUCUGUCUGCUCAUGACCUCCCCAAAGUUCGACAUCAAACUAAAGAAGUUUGACUAUUUUAUAGAGUAUUAUCACCGGCAGCUGGUGGAGCAGCUAGCGCUGCUCAAGUACAACCAAAAUGCACCCACAUUGUCGCAGCUUCGAGCAAAUCUACACAAAAACAGCCUAUGGGCAUUCAUAUGUGCCCAGCGGAUGCUGCCCAUAGUACUGAUGCCUCCCGACGUGGGCUCCAAUAUUGGCAAUGUCAUGGGUGACUCGGAGGAGGCGUCUGCAUUCAAGCGCAAGAUGUUUCAGUCGCCAGCCUACGUGCUGCAAAUCAGAGCCAUUUUGCCCUGGCUUAUUGAACACGCAUAUAUAAGAUGAGCAGGUGACUGCAAUGGCAAACAGGUUUCGACCCGACCCCUCUCGAAGUAUUUAAAAUAUUAUAAUAAAUUUCAUUAGGCACAAGGCAAGCCCCCAAUCAAUUGUUUCCUACGGGGAUCGCUUAUUGAUAAGCCCAAUCCCAUUCAUAAUAUGAUGAUGAAAAUAUCCCACAAAUGGUUUGAGAAAGCUUUUAUUAUUGAGAGAAAUGAUUAAAUUGAAUUUCUUAAGCUUUUCGAGCCAAUAGGAGAGAGGAGAGCGAGCGAGCAGAUCGAGAGAAAGCUCUGUCUAUCUGCGACUUGUUUUUUGUGUCUAUGAUAUGUAGCUAGAAGCACCCAUAAUUACCAAAGCUCUAGAACUACGAACAUAAAGCUGAAUAUAAAACUAUCAGCUUCGCUUCGACUGGCGCCAGUCCACAAAACCGUGUCCAACCAGGCGUAUACUUUAUUUGCGAGCGUGUAAAUUGCUGAACGAAUUAUCAAUUAUCAA